AUGCCAUCUGACUCUGCAAAUUCUGCGAAUCUCUAUCAGCAAGUGCUAAAGUCGAUGAGACAGUUCGAAGUGAGUGCAACAAUUUCGGAAGAAGUUCACUCCACUAUGAUUUGGUUUUAAAGGUGGUGUCCAACGUGACAUACAACAUAUUUUAAAAAUAAACUUCGAAGUGGGGCAUUCACUUUCCCAAAGUCCCGAGUUACGAAAAAAAAUUCCCCGAUUUUUAAGAUUUUUUUCAAAAAAAUUAAUGGUACCGAGAGAAGUACAAGUCGAAAUGGAAGAGCUGGCCUAGAUUUUUCUAAUCCCUGGAUGGAACUUCCGAUUUUUUUCCGUUUUCGUGCAAUUUUCUAAAAUUUUCAAUAUUUUUUCACUGAACACACUGAUUUGCAAUAUUAAAAAAAAUUUAUAAAUUUUUCUGUGCCGUGACGCCAAAAAAUCGAUAAUCUGAAACUUUCAAAAUUCAGCCACUUUUUGUAAAACUGAAAAUAUAGUUUGGAUUUUUCGCAUUACUUUGAAAAAUGCAACUUUCUGUAACUCGCAAACUUUAAUUAAGACUCAGGAAAUGAUUGAGCGAUCUCUUUCUAUUUAUUUUUCAGCGCGCAAACUGAAGAUUGAGCGAAAAACCCGGAAAAACAACAAAAAAAAGACGUUGACGUAAAUAUCAGACACUAAUUGAGAGUGAGUGCAAGCGCGCUCCAUCGGACGCGGCAAUUUGAACUGCGUCCGAUCGCAUUUCGACAAUCUCCUCUGUUUUCUUGAUAUCUGUUCUAUUUUAGUAAUUUUUGUUUAACAAACAUUUAUCUUUAAAAUUCCUUUUUAUUGUAUGAAAAAUUGAAAAAAAGCAAAUUUUUCAACGUAAAUAUAAAAAAUGCAAACAAAAAAUUCGUGAAAACCGCUCAUUCGUCGGAAAGAGCUUCACUUUCGUCCGAAUCGCGCUCAUCCUCAAAAUUCUGCGGGUAAAGCUCGAAUUGAGCAUUUUUCGAGCAAGGGCACAUCGUUUCUCUUCCUACUCACGAAGAAUGAGCCGGCUGUUUGCACAGAGCGCAUCGCUUCCAAUCCGUGACUCGACUUUCGUAUUCUCUGGUAAAUCGUUCUUUGUCUGACCAGAAGAUUUCCGAAUCUGAUCCGAGUUCCGCGUCUGACCAGGUGAAUUCGGAAUCUGUUCCGAAUCUGAUCAGAUUUGGAAAUUUGCACUGCUGGCGCGUUUCGCGGGCUGGCGCAUUUCUUGUGCAUCUUCAAAUUCUUUAUUCUCCAGGUAAUAAAGUCUACGUGUUGUUCCGGACACGCUCGCCGUUGGUUUAAAAAAAAAGAACUGUUUCAGGUGAUUCGACGCUCGUUUGCUUCCUCUUGUGACAGGGAGACAGGAGAGACACAUACUCUUGUUCCCUGUCUACCAGAAUGGCGAAUCACCGGCGAUCUCGUCAGUCGGGCUGGGAAGAGCAUCACGUCUGUCUAUCAACUCCUUCAUCCUGUUUCCUUUUCUUUAAGCAGAAAAUAAGUCCGCAGUUGUCCACUUUGGAAAGAAAAAUCCUAAAACUAAAUAUUCCCUGAAUGGCAUCGUAAUCGAGCCGAAAGAUUCCGUUAAAGACCUCGGCAUCUGGAUAGAUAACAAGCUCAAAUUCUCGAGAAACAAAUUACUAUAGUUAGCAACACUGCCCUUUUGAAAUGCAAAACAAAUUCUGAAAGCCUUUCGCUCCACGAACGCUUGUCUCUAUUUUAAACUCUUCAGCGUUUACGUCAGACCCAUCCUCGAAUACGGAUGCGAGCUUUUCCAUCCCUCAACAACAUCCCUCGCUAACAAACUAGAGUCUCCCCUCAGAUUUUUCAGCAGAAGAGUCUUCCAGAGAUGCAAUAUGCGAUUCUCCUCAUAUAGCGACCGCCUAAGCCAAUCUAAUCUGAAAUCGAUACUCCAUAGACGGGUACUCCUUAUCCUCAGAACUUUCCACAAUAUAAUCACGCACCAAUACCACUUCCCCUCCCUAAAUUUAUUCCUCAAACCCGGCGUCUCCCCCCGUUACCCUUCUCUCCUCUCUAGGCCUACCCCAUGACUCUUUCCUGCAUACCAGAGUUGAGCGGAAUUCCGUCUGCCGUCUUCCGUCUUCAGUCUUCCGUGGAUUUUUUUGUUCCGUCUUCCGUCUGCCGUCUUCCGGGAAAACAAUUUUCUUCCGCCUUCCGUAAAAAAAUUUUUUUCGUCUGCCGUCUGCCGUCUUCCGGAAUUUUUUCUUCUUACCGUAAAAGAGUAAUCGCUUUUCAGAAGCCAUUUACUAGCCCCGAAGAAAGUGAAUUUCCACGGGCAGUGACCUUUUCAGAAGCGUUUCAGUUUUCGGCGUUUUUUAUAAGGUAAACGCGCAUUUUGGUAAAAUUUGGGGUGAAUUUGAUCCGAUGCCCGGAAAAGAUCAGAUGUUAGAAUUUGCGAGAUUUCUAGCUUAUAUGACCAAUUUUCUCAAUUUAUUCGACACAAUUUCCCAAUUUUUCAGGCCGCCGUAAUCGGAGUCCGUCUCCACUCGUUCGUCGCCCUCUCGUGCCUGACUGCCGCCGUCUACGUGCUGUGCAUUCGCUGAAAAAAGAAUGGUGCAAGGAAAAGUGAAGCAGAAGACGUCGCUGCCGAAAGGAGUGAAGCAGAAGGUCAAAAAAGUAAAGAAGGAGGGACCGAAGAAGGGAAAAUUCCUGCAUAUCGCACCCAAGAAACAGCACGUCAUCGAGGCGGUUAGUCGCCUUUUCUUAAGCAAAAUUUGAGCCUGUAUUUGUGAAUUUCAGGAAAAAAUCUCGGCCCAUGUGACGAAAAUCAUCAACGACAAAAACGAGGAGAUGGUGAAAGGACGCGCCGAUACGGCCGUCGGAAAGAACAAAAAACAUUGA